UAAACGGGGGAGAGACGCUAAUCUUUGUUUCAGGUCGGUUGUGUUGUGUUGUUGUGUGUGAGCUGUGGCAGUAACAAUGCCUUCAGUUCAGUCUCUGAGAGAGUUUAUCAACGAGCGACUAACUGCUGCUGCUGAACAAAUAUUCUUGGAGUUUGAAAAAACGAUCGUCCAGUACGAGGAAGAGAUCGACCGUCAGCGCAGACUGCUGGAUAUCACCUGGAAACCCCAAAUCAAGCUGCACAGGACAGACGUUGCGCAGCAGCAUGUCUGUAAGGAGGAGGUUCUCCCUAAGCAGCAGCUCUGUAACCAGGAGAGGAGCUCCAGACUGGACUGGGAGGAACCAGAACCUCCACAGAGUACAGAGGAACAGGAGGAACUGUGCAGCAGUCAGGAGGGAGAUCAGGUUGUAGUGAAGGAAGAGAAUGAUACCAUUUUUAAGGUGAUUGUUACUUGGGGGGAAAGCGACCAGAGUGAAGCAGAACCAGACAGUGACCAGCUCCCUGCUCACAGCUCUGCUGUAGCUGAGAGCCAAGAUCAGGAAGGAAGCAGGAAUGUCAAUUCAGGUUCGACUGGAAAUAGAAGCAGAAAUCAGAGCAAUGAUACAGAAAACUCUCCCAUGCCAGCUGAUAAGUGUAACACUGAUACAGGUAAACAGCCUUUGAAAGUAGAUGGUUUUCCCUUAACAAAACGUAAAAAGGCCUUCAGGAAAAAGUCUCAAAAGAGGACACGUCACAGAAUGCAAACAAGACAGAAGCUGCAUACUUGCAAAACAUGUGAGAAAAACUUUAGUGAAAAGAGCAUUUUGUUGCGUCACACAAAAACUCACACAGGAGAGAAGAUUCAUUCUUGCAAAACAUGUGAGAAAACCUUUAGUCAAAGCAGUGAUUUGAUGAUCCACAUGAGAAUCCACACCGGCGAGAGACCGUAUUCUUGUAAAACAUGUGGGAAGUCUUUCAAUCAAAGUGGUCAUUUGAUGGCCCACCAGCGAAUCCACACCGGCGAGAGGCCGUAUUCCUGCACAACGUGUGGAAAAACUUUUAGUCAAGGUAGUAAUUUGUUGAGCCACAUGCGACGCCACACAGGAGAGAAGCCUCACGUUUGUAAGAUCUGCGGGGAAAGAUUUACAACGUCAGCCUCGCUUAAAAUCCACACCGCGAGCCACACAGGAGAGAGGCCUCAUCCUUGCCAAGCAUGUGGGAAAACCUUCACUACACGCUGUAACCUUCUGCGCCACAUGAGAGUGCACACAGGAGAGAAGCCAUAUGUUUGUGAGACCUGCGGGGAAAGAUUUACUCUGUCAACGUCACUUAAAAGCCACAAAACUAUCCACACAGGAGAGAAACCGUAUCACUGUAAAACCUGUGGGAAAAUGUUCCGUCAGAGUCAUCAUUUGUCGUUGCACAUGAAAACCCACCAACAGCAGAAGUCGUAGUCCUGAAAGUUUUGUGGGGAAAACCGUAUUUCAAACACCUUUACACUACUCCAACAACUAUUCUGAUUUGCAGCAUUUGUUCUGAUAAUAUCUGUUCUUUUUUCUUUUUUUGUAAGAAGUCCCUCAUGAGCAGUUGACCUCCUCACCCGAUCACUAAGGGAGGCCAGCGCCACCCUUCAGAGGAUGCUCAUUUCUGCUGCUGUAUCUGUGAUCACAUUCUUUUGACCUUUUGAAUUUUAGGGAGUUUCUUGUUUUGGGAGAUUUCUUUGAGAUUCUGGAAGAAGGGUUUUGUAACUUUUCUAAUAACACUAUAAUCAACCUUUGAGUUCAGCAUGUUUUCAGUGAUUUUCUACAGCAGUGUCUGUGUCAUAUUAUUACAACCGUGUAAAUUUAUAACGAUACAUUCAAAUAUUAAAAAAGUGGAGGAGCAUUUUGUCAGCUGAUGGUCUUCAUCUGCAGCCUUUGAGAUUUUCUCCUGUGAUGGAGUCGCACAAACUUUACCUCCAUCACUUUGGAUUCUGAGUGUUGUUGAAAACCAGAGGAUACAAGACGAUCUCUGACUCUGAUUGAAAUGUCUGUUAUUCUUUUUGACUGUGUCUCAGUUAUUUGUGGGUUAUGAGCUCAGAUGUUGGAGUGGUGAUAUCUGACAGCUAAAGCAGUUUUGUUUCUGUUUCUUCAGAAGACAAACAAACUGUAAAUGUUCGACAUUGUUAGAAAGUGUUCUUUAUAAAUAAAGUUUUUUUUCUUCUAAUA